UUGGCUCCAGACAAAUAAACAUGGAGUCCAUCUUCCAUGAAAAACAAGAAGGAUCACUUUGUGCUCAACAUUGCCUGAAUAAUCUAUUGCAAGGAGAAUAUUUUAGCCCUGUGGAGUUAUCCUCAAUUGCCCACCAGCUGGAUGAAGAAGAAAGGAUGAGAAUGGCAGAAGGAGGGGUUACUAGUGAAGACUAUCGCACGUUUUUACAGCAGCCUUCUGGAAAUAUGGAUGACAGUGGCUUUUUCUCUAUUCAAGUUAUAAGCAAUGCCUUGAAAAUUUGGGGUUUGGAACUAAUCCUGUUCAACAGUCCAGAGUAUCAGCGGCUCAGGAUUGAUCCUAUAAAUGAAAAAUCAUUUAUAUGCAAUUAUAAAGAACACUGGUUUAUAGUUAGAAAAUUAGGAAAACAGUGGUUUAACUUGAAUUCUUUCUUGACGGGUCCAGAAUUAAUAUCAGAUACAUACCUUGCACUUUUCUUGGCUCAAUUACAACAGGAAGGUUAUUCUAUAUUUGUUGUUAAGGGUGAUCUGCCAGAUUGUGAAGCUGACCAACUUUUCCAGAUGAUCAGGGUCCAACAGAUGCAUUGACCAAAACUCAUUGGAGAAGAGUUAGCACAACUGAAAGAGCAGAGAGUCCUUAAAACAGACCUGGAACAAGUCUUAGAAGGAAAUAAUAGGCUGGGAAUGUUAGAUGAAGAGGAUUUGCAGAGGGCACUGGCAUUAAGUCGGCAGCAGAUUGACAUGGAAGAUGAAGAAGCAGAUCUUCGCAGGGCUAUUCAGCUCAGUAUGCAAGGGGGUUCCAGAAAUAUAUCUCGAGAUGUUGCACAGACAUCAGGCACAAAUCUUACAUUUGAAGAGCUGCGAAGGAGAAGAGAAGCCUUCUUUGAAAAGCAGCAGUGGGCAGAUCCAUCAGGACAGGCUUCACAGCCACAUGAAAGGCCAACCACAAGUUCAGGAGCACUUGGGAAUGAUCUAGGUGAUUCUGUGAAUGAAGAAGACAUGCUUCAGACAGCUGUGACCAUGUUUUUAGAAACUGUUACAAAUAAUUUGAAAACAGAAGGGAAAAAAUAGUAUCUUUUAAAAUCAUUUACAUAAUCAUACUUUCCAACAUUGUCAUUUGUGAUUACAUCAUAGGGUCCAUUUUGGUAAUGUGUCAAAGAGAGCAUUGUUCAUCAGAGAAAACUUUUAGGUGGCUUGCAAACAAAAUGAACAAGUAGAAAAUGUGUCAGUUGUAGGACUAACUAAUGAUCCUCA